AAUGUGCACUUGAAUUAUGCUUCCUGAGAUUUAUCAACCUUGCCACCUCGCUGCUAAUUAUUCAUAAUCUUUCCAAAUGUUAGAACCAGAGUGCUUCAAAUGAUGUGCACCAUCCGAAUCGUCCGUUCGGUAAUCCAACGGCUUGGAUCUUAUCUCUACCGUGUAGCAUCCGAGUUGUUCAUUGCCGAGAUCCGAAGUUGGAUUGCCAAACGGACAGCUCGGAUGGUGCACAGCACGGACCAUCCCCCAUUCCCAGCAGGCAUGGUAAUUUUUUGUGCUUCUCUUUUACGAAAAAUCUCUAUAAAUAGUCUGCAACAAUUCUAUAUUAAUUGAUAGAUGAUAGAUCUUGUAAGAUUUCCUUCAAUUACAAAGAAAAUCAAGUGCUUAUUUAGCUACAAACCCGAGCUAUAAAUCUACAAAUAUUCAAGAGAAGUGCUAAAAUGCACAAACCAGAGGAAAUUGAUCAUUACACCUCAAUUAACAGUCACCUUCCCAACCAUGCCAGCUCCCUGAUGAGGCGAACAGUAAAAACUGUAAGUCCCUUUCUCAGUCAAAGUCACAGCAUAACUCUCCCCCGGACCGUUCAAAAGAUCCUCAUCGCUCAUCGAUAUCUUCGAAACGUCAACGCCGGAGGGCACCCCAUCCUCGUCGAAAACCACGUUGUGGGGGAACCCGGCGUUGUUCUUGAAAACGAUUUUCUCCCCGGAAGCGACGGAGAAGGUACUGGGCUCGAAAACCAGCCCGCCGUCGUCGGCCCCAAGCAGAACGUCGAUGGCCAUCGCGUUUCCUGCAAGCAUUGCACCAGCUGCGGUGGCAACCAUGGCAGCGCCGAGUUGUUUUAGUGAGGAUUUGAUGGCGAGGCAGGGGAGCGGGGUGGUGGCGGGUUUAGCGGUGGCGGUGAUUCUUGAGGCGGUCACGGUGGUGGGUUUUACGGCGGUGAGGGACGGGAUGACGACAGCGGCAGAGGUGACAGCCAUUUUUUCGGAGAGGAUUUUUUUGGGAGCGAUAAGGUCGUUGUUUGUGUAUGUGGUGGAUUUGAAAACAGGGGAAAACAGAGAGCAAGUGGAUUUUAAUAUGGUACUUGUGGUGGUGGAGGUGUGUUCACUUUUAAGGGAUAGACUUAGGGCCGGCACAAGGAAGUUUGUGCAGGGCUUAUUGUUAGGAAGGGGGAUACGCGCGACAAAGAAAGAUAUGGUGCUUGGCAUGAGGCUUCAUCCCGAGGGGCUGCAGCUUGGGUUCAGAGUGUUAAAACAAGUCUCCGCCUCUGUAUUUCAAGUCCAGCUUUGCGAUGCAGCUUCGGCGACUUUGGUGGAAAUCAAAGCUGGGAUCGAUAAUGGGAGCAUUGACACAAUGGCACGUGCACUGAAUACAUUUUCUAUUGGUGACUACGUUAGGAGUCAAUGCUGCAUGGCCCACCAGAUAAAUUUCAUGCCAUCUGGUGCGAGAUCAAGGCAACACCUCUCAUGCAUGGAAUUCCUAUAUGUUGCUGAAGAGGGGGGGUUUUUGCUGGGCGUGCCAAAGCAACACAACAAGUUUCAAACCCAUCUGCUUUGUAAAACACUCCCAUUUUUUUCCCCAGCCAUGGUUUCGAACCCUAAGAGCCUCCAAAUCAUAAUGGGCGCACCAGGGGUGAAAGGGAAGAAGAUGACGGCCCUACCGGAAGACGGCCUGACGGAUCUCAUACUAUCCGUCAUCUCCAAGAGGCAAGAAUUCAAAGAACCCUUCUACGUGCUUGACUUGGGUGUGGUGGCGUCUCUCAUGGAGAAAUGGUCUCGCAGCCUCCCGUCCGUCCGUCCUUUCUACGCCGUUAAAUGCAACCCCGACCUGGCUUUCCUCGGAGCCAUGGCCGCCCUCGGCUCAAGCUUCGACUGCGCCAGCCGGGCCGAGAUCGAAGCUGUUUUGUCCCUCGGAGUUUCUCCGGAUCGUGUCGUUUACGCUAACCCGUGCAAAGCCGAGUCUCACAUCAAGUAUGCCGCCGCGGUUGGUGUUAACUUGACCACGUUUGAUUCAAAAGACGAAGUCGAAAAGAUCCGUAAGUAUCACCCGAAAUGCGCGCUGCUCAUCCGGGUGAAAGCCCCGGAUGACGGUGGCGCCAGAUGCCCGCUUGGGCCAAAGUACGGCGCGCUCCCGGAAGAAGUCACAACGCUCCUUCAAGCAGCCCAAGCCGCGAAACUAACCGUCUCGGGCGUCUCAUUCCACAUCGGGAGCGGAGCCACCAAUUCCAGCGCUUACCGAGCCGCAAUAGCCGCUGUGAAAACAGUCUUUGACACGGCUACACGGCUCGGCUUGCCGAAAAUGCACGUGCUAAACAUCGGUGGCGGUUUCACAGCGGGACCAGAUUUCGACGACGCUGCAAACGCCGUUAAAUCAGCCCUUCAAGAGUACUUCAAAAAUGAACCGGGCCUAACUGUCAUUUCCGAACCGGGGAGGUUUUUCGCCGAGUCGGCUUUCACUCUAGCGACCAACAUAAUCGGGAAGCGCGUGAGGGGGGAGCUGAGGGAGUACUGGAUAAACGACGGCGUUUACGGGUCCAUGAACUGCAUACUCUAUGACCAUGCCUCGGUCGAUGCGACGCCAUUUGCGUGCACGUCGAACUGUGGCAACCCCACUUGUCGGGGGAUGAGGACUUACCCUUCGACAGUGUUUGGGCCGACGUGCGACGCCCUUGACACGGUGUUGACGGGUCACCAGUUACCGGAAUUGCAGGUGAAUGAUUGGCUGGUGUUUCCAAACAUGGGGGCGUAUACGGCGGCGGCUGGUUCCAACUUCAAUGGAUUUAACACGGCGGCAAUCACGACUCACCUCGUGUACUCCAAUCUCAGCUAAUACAAAGGCCCCAUGCAAUCGUAUUAUUGUUGUGGUAUUUUUUUUUUUUUACACUUUUUUUUAUUGUUGUGGAAUUGGUAUUUGGUACGCGUAGUCGACUAAUCCUCGAGUUGUUUAGGAGUAGUUGUCAAAUAGGAGGUCAAAUCUUUAGUAUGUAUCUAUGUUUCUGUGGAAUAUAGUCUCUGUUCGGGAAUAGUCGUUUAA